AUGUUCAUUUCCAAGAAAACAAUUUUGUUUAUCAUAGUUAAUUUUUCAGUAUUUGCUCAACUCAUCAAAGUGUCGUUCUUCAAGCCUAAUAAGUUCAUUGCUGCAUUAUCAACGUCAUUCUUGGUAUUCAUCUCGAUCUAUUUUAUUUCCACCACGUUUACCCUUCCAAAUACCAAUAAAGACUCCGACGAUCCACUCGAGAAGAGCAGCCUCAUCCCGUUCAACAUCCCCCAGGCAAUACACAAGAUUAUGAACUCGCGAUUCUCGAGAGCAGGCGCCAACCGGUUCGGCUCUAAAAAGAGCAAAGAACACAGAUUUGCAACAAAGAAUGGGGGAGAAGUUGGAGGGCUCAGUAAUGAUGGAAACACGUGCUUCAUGAACUCCGUGAUACAAUCCCUUGCAUCUUCUAGGCAAUUGCUCAAGUAUAUUGACUCAUACUUGUACUCGGAAAUCGAACUUGAAACUUUAAAGGGCACGGGCGAGAAGAUAUCCAUGAAGUCCAACCAGCCAAAGCCAGAGUUGACCUUCACAAACGCAUUAAAGGACCUCUUGGAUAGCGUCAAUGGUAAAUACGGAUCGCGAGGUAAAGAGUUUACUACAAAGCAGCUCCUCAACAGAAUGCCCAAUGGACCCAAGCAGAAUUUUUUCAGUGGGUACAGCCAAGAAGAUGCCCAAGAGUUUUACCAAUUGAUAAUGAACCUCUUGGAAAAAGAAUUUAAAAAGAUGAGUCUCAGUCGACUUCCGACACCAGAGCCCGAAGAGAGCAUGGAGGAGCAGAAGAAGAAACAGGAGACAAAAUACGUGGAUGCACGCAACUUGAAGGAAAUCAUAUCGGGGUGCAACAGGUUGGGCAAAUUGGGCACCGUUUAUGUUCCUGCUGCGCAAGUUGACCCUAACUUGGAAGAUGCCGAGCACAAGGUUGUGCCUUUGGAAUUGAUCACACCCGUGGAUGGCAUCACAGCGGAACGAGUCGGGUGCCUAACAUGUGGCGAGUCAGGAGGCAUCCGCUAUGCCGUGAAUAGUGGGUUGAGUUUAAACUUGCCCACGGGCCAAACUUAUUAUUCCAAGUUUACGCUUCCGCAGCUAUUAGACGAGUGGAUUAAACCCGAGACAAUCGACGACGUCAAUUGCAACCGGUGCGGUUUGCUUCAAACCCAGGAUCUACUCGCAAGCAAACUUGUGGAGUUGAAAGAGAAUCCGGUAAAUGAUAAAAUUAUAGAAAAGAUACAGGUGCGAUUAAGAGACAUAGAAUUAGAAUUGUCAAAGAAGCAAGUGACGGAUGAAGCAUUUGAGAAACUCACCACCAAAAACCAAAUCAAAAAGAGCAAAAAGACAAAGCAGAUUUUUAUGGACAGGCCGCCUCCUUUGCUUAGUAUCCAUAUAAACAGGUCGCAGUUUGAUCCAAGGACUUAUAUGGUUGUCAAGAACGGGAGCAACGUCACGUUCCCGGCUGUGUUGGACUUGUCAAAGUACAUUGUGGAGCCCAAUGAAAUAAACACAGACGCAAGGUUGCAUUUCCGGAAACAGGACGAAGCUUUGAGCCAGCGUUUGCUUCGAGAAGCGCAGGUUGCUGAAGAGGCAGAAGACGAGGACGAAGAAGGAGAAGAAGCGCAAGAAGAAGGUAAAGAAGGGGGCGCUACUCAGGACGAGACCGCGUUUAAAGCUCGUUUACUGAGUAGUGGGGUAUCCACAGCAACAGCAACAACGUCUGCAACUCCAGUGGGUUCCGAUCCAAUAUCGUCGCCAGCUGCUACUACUACCACAACGGAUCCUCGACUUUUGUACAACUUGAAAGCAGUCAUUGUACAUUACGGUACUCACAAUUACGGCCAUUACAUCUGCUACAGAAGAUUGCGUGGCACCUGGUGGAGAAUAAGCGAUGAAAACGUGUAUGUUGUCCGGGAGGAAGAAGUAUUAGGAGGCCAAGGCACAUUCAUGUUGUUUUAUGAGUACGAUGACGGUGUCAAGGAAGUACUCCAGGAGGUGACUGAUGACGAAGAGGAGGAAUCGAAAGAGAAUGAAGCGGAAAACGAAGGCAUGGAUCGCUUGUCUGGUGCGUCGAAUGAAACUACGAAUUCAGUAGCGUCGAGUCCCGAAGGAAGUGAAGCUGGCGACAAUGAAUUGCAUGAAGAAGAAGAUGACGCAGAGGAAGAAGACGAAGAAGAAGAGGAGGGUUUUGAAGAUACCGAUGCAGCAGUUGACUCAGUUGCCACGACUGAAGUCCAAGCCGAAGCCGAAGCCGACGCUGAUGCCGACCACAAUAUGGCCUCUUCACCUGCAUUAUCACUGAAGCCUAUGAGCGACAUUGUUGUAGACGACGACGAGUUGAGCGACGACCAUGCCGAUGAAACGGAAUUCAAUGUCGCUGAGGCGCAAGUGCAUUUAUAA